CUUAGUUGCUACACUUGCGACACGUCCACAUUGACAUAGUCCAAAUCAUCUGCGGUAUCGAGCAACCAUGCCGUCUGCAACCACGACUGAAGCAGUUCCAAUUGAAACCGCUCAUGAAGACAUGAUUCAUGAUGCGCAACUUGACUACUAUGGCAAGCGUUUAGCAACGUGCUCUUCAGAUAGAACAGUGAAGGUUUUUGACGUUAUUGGCGGGGAACCAUUGAAAUCUAGUGGACAUACUCUGAAGGGGCACACGGGUCCAGUGUGGCAGGUUGCCUGGGCACACCCGAAAUUUGGACACAUACUUGCUUCUUGCUCAUACGAUGGCAAAGUAUUGAUAUGGGGGGAACGGUCUCAAGGCACGGCCGAUGGUGGAUGGACAAAGGUGAAGGAGCACACGUUACACACCGCUUCGGUGAACUCCGUGUCGUGGGCUCCUCAUGAGCUCGGUGCAAUGUUGGCUUGCGCGUCGUCAGAUGGAAAGCUUUCUGUACUCACCUUCAAAGAUGACGGUCAGUGGGGUGCUGACAUCUUCAACGGUCAUGCUAUCGGCUGCAACUCUGUUUCUUGGGCGCCCGCGACACAGCCUGGAUCGCUCAUUCAUCCGCAACAACCUGGCGCACAGCCUUCUGCACCCUUCAAACGUUUUGCCAGCGCUGGUUGUGAUAAUCUUGUCAAGAUCUGGGGCUACCGUGAAGACACGCAGUCGUGGGUGGAGGAAGAGACACUUGAUGGGCACACUGAUUGGGUGCGUGAUGUUGCGUGGGCGCCUAACAUCGGUCUGCCAAGGAGUUAUAUCGCAACAGCAUCUCAGGAUAAGACAGUGUUGAUCUGGACAAAAGAUUCGUUAACCUCUCCAUGGGUGAAGACUGCCCUUGACCCAUCGACUGCCUCAGGAGCACCUAGUGCAGCAGCUGCAGGCAAAUUCCCUGAUGUCGUAUGGCGCGUAUCAUGGAGUCUCGCUGGAAACAUUCUUGCUGUUAGCUGUGGCGACGGGAAAGUCACAUUGUGGAAGGAGAAUCUGCGGAGCAUAUGGGAGUGUGUUAGUGACAUGUCGUCCUAGAGAUGUGUGAUUGGAUCAGAUGCUACUUAGAAAUGCACAGGUUGACUCGCUCA